AUGGACGCGGCGGGCGGCGAGCAGCUGAGCCUGGCCGCGGUGCGCGACGCGCUGGUCCGGCUGGAGGACUCUGUGGUGUUCGCGCUCAUCGAGCGCGCCCGGCAUCCGCGGAACGCGCCGGCCUACGCGCCCGCCGCCGCCGGCGGAGGACAUUCGCUCGUGGAGUUCUUCGCUGGACACUAUCAAAAGCCAGAAGAUGUUCCAUUCUUCCCUCAAGAUCUUCCCUUGCCUCUCUUUCCUACCAAGCCUUCCCCAAAGGUUUUGCACCCUUUUGCUUCGUUGGUCACUGUGAAUGAUGCAAUAUGGAAAAUGUAUUUUGAUGAAUUGCUCCCGUUAUUCACUGUUGAUGGUGAUGAUGGUAGCUAUGCACAAACAGUUGCACUGGAUUUUGCGUGUCUGCAGGUUCUAUCACAAAGAAUUCAUAUUGGUAAAUAUGUUGCUGAGGUGAAGUUCAAAGACGCUCCUCAAGAUUAUAGUCGAUUAAUAAAAGCAAAGGACAGCAAUUCUCUGAUGGAUCUGCUGACAUUCAAAGCUGUGGAAGAGAAGGUCAAGAAGAGAGUAGAGAAGAAGGCCAGGACCUUCGGGCAGAACAUCACCUUGGAGGACAAUGCCACUGCCGGUGACAGCGAAUGCAAGGUCGAUCCUAAAGUGCUCUCCAAGCUGUAUGAUCAGUGGGUGAUGCCACUGACCAAGGACGUCGAAGUCGAGUAUCUCCUGCGCCGCCUCGACUGA